AUGAAGCAUUUUCUGAGAGUCGUGACCCAGUUCUUCGUGUUCCUCUACUGUAAAUGUCUGUGGCGGGGCCUGAAGUUUGUCGUCAGGAAGUUUACAGGACGCUGCGAGCUGCAGCGAAUCUGCUACAACAACAAGCACGGAGCCCGCAGGACCCUCAAGAUAGAGUCAUCUCUGAGGUACUCCAAGAAUGAGCUGCUGCAGUCUGCCCUCAGCGUCCAUCCUGAUAAAGUGGAGAAAACCAUUGACGACAUCAUGGCCUUGAAGAAGAUUAACCCCGACACCAACCCACAGCUGGGCAUCUCUCUUCAGGCCAGCCUGCUGCAGAUUGUGGGCUACAGGAGCCUGGUGGCUGAGGUGGAGAAGCUGCGCAGGGAGCUGUACGACUGUGAAAACCCGGAGCACGAAGACAAGCUGAUGAAGCUAUGGAAGGAGCUGCGUCCUGACACGCCUCUCACCGGCCGCAUCUCUAAACAGUGGUGUGAGAUUGGUUUCCAAGGCAGCGAUCCUAAGACUGAUUUCAGAGGCAUGGGCCUGCUGGGCCUGCACAACCUGCUGUAUUUCGCAGAACACGACAAGGCUACUGCUCUGCAGAUGCUCCACGACUCCCUGCAACCGAAGCACAAUCACAUCACAGAAUAUCUGAGUGAGAUAAACAAGCCUGAAUGGGAACAGAAGAACCUCGACAAAGCUAUCGGUUAUUCUUUUGCCAUCGUGGGCAUCAACAUCACAGACCUGGCCUACUCGCUGUUGGUGAGUGGAGCCCUGAAGACCCACCUGUACAACGUGGCCCCGGAGAUGCCCAGCCUGCUGCACUUCCAGCAGACCUUCUGUUACCUGAUGCAGGAGUUUCACCGUUUCUGGAUCGAGGAGGAUCCCAGUGACAUCAUGGAGUUCAACCGGGUCCGCUCCAAGUUCCACCGGAGGAUCCUGCGACAGCUGAAGAACCCGGACAUGGCUCUGUGCCCCCACUUCUCCGCCUCCGACCUCCACCUGGUCAACCUCUAA